CCUCAGUCUCUCGUCCCACCUGACGAGAAAUACCCACAGGUGUGGAGGGGCUGGCCCCCUUCAUCCACCCACCUUGAGGAAUCCAUCUGAGAAACUCCUGGACAGGCAAAUGAGGUCGAAGACAGGUAAAUGCGUCCAGACAACUUUGACCAGGCGCUGAGCCACCGGCCCCUGCAGACAACAUCACGGGCACAAAAGCAGAAGCCCAGGGAGCAAAGAUGAAGAUCCAGGAGCACAGUAACUGUCAGGACGUAAACCUUGCUUGGCUGAAGUAUUGAAUUCACGGGGGAUCUGACCCUGCUUCGCCCAUGAUGCUCAUCUGUCCUCUGGGGUCUCAUUCCCUGAGCUUCCCAGAGCGGCCUCCUUUGUUUGGCUCAGCUCUGUGUCUUCCUUCCCAAAGCUGUGUCUCCAGUGUGCUAGGCUUCCCCUCUCUUCCCUCAAGUGACCUCAAGGGCCCAGGAGGAAACACAAGAGGGCGGGAGGGCUCCCUGAGGUGGGGAGCAGACAGACAGCAGGUUCUCCUUCUGCCCUCCCUUGAAAGAUGCCCCCAAUUCACACCUACGCGGGCGCCGGCAUGGCAAGUGUUUUCAAGGUUAAGGGCCCAAAGGAAACAAAGCACGCCCCACGUCUCUGCAGCGCUGUCAUGGGAGAAAAGAGUGGACAUGAUUUGAUGUGGCAAAGCUACAGGCAAGGGCACGAGUCCAAGGAAGACAGACAUGAACCCAGAAAGCAGGUUCUCGCCUACCCGCAGGGAGGGCCGGCCAGGGACCAUGGAGGGACUGCGGGAGGCUGGGCUGGGUCGCAGGAGGGGGCUGGGCCCUCUCUGGAGGGAACCCCUGUCUGGAGGGAGGCCGGUCACCCUGCCCUCUGCCCGUCCUUCCAGCCUGGGCUCCUGUGACCAUAGCGAGAGGAGAUGCCAGAGGGGAAGCCCGAGCUGGGCUGGGCUCCGUCCGGACAGGGGACCUGGGGCAGAAGCCAGGGGCGGGGGCAGGAGCAGGAGGUGGGUCAUCCAGGGAAGAAGGUUUCCUGACCCUGUGCUCUAAGGCGAGGAGUGGGCACGUGGCCCUCUGGGGACCUAUCCAGCUCAAAGACUCCAGGUGCCCUUCAGGUGAACUGAUGUGGCAUCCCAUAAGCAGUUCUUCAUUUUCAGUGAACAGAGGGCAGAAUUCGAAAAGCUGGUGGAGUGAAACCCAGGGCUAAGCCUGGAAAAGAGGGUUGGAGGGCUGCGAGAGCUGGCUGCACUCCCAUUCCUGGAAAGGGCUUCAGGGUGUCUCAUGACUUGGAGAAUUGCUGGAAAAACAAAACAAAAGCAAAACCGAAACCCUGUAACCCAGUUCUACAAGGCAGCCUGUAGGAUGAACCGAUUGCAGAAAAACCACACCUUAAGCUCUGAGUUUGUUAUCUUGGGCUUCGGGGACCUGGCGGAACUGCAAAUCUUCUUUUUUGGACUGUUUCUAAUCAUGCAUCUUGUCACCCUGGCGGGGCACACAACUAUUGUGCUCCUCACCCUCAUUGACUCCUGCCUGCAGACCCCCAUGUAUUUCUUCCUCCGAAACCUGUCCACCGUUGAGAUUUGCUAUACAUUGGUUAUUGUCCCCAACAUGCUGGCCAAUUUCCUGUCCAGGAACCAGCGGAUGCCCUUUCUGGGCUGUGCCCUGCAAAUGCACUUCUUCGUUGCCCUGGGCGGGGCAGAGUGCUUCCUCCUGGCCGUGAUGGCCUACGACCGCUUUGUGGCCAUCUGCAAGCCCCUUCACUACAUACUCCUCAUCACCAGGACCCUCUGCCUGCAGAUGCUGGCUCUGGCGUGCAUUGGCAGCUUUGCGCUCUCCCUCACAUUGACCACGCUGAUAUUCCUCCUGCCCUUUUGUCAGUCCCACGAGAUCAAUCAUUUCUUCUGUGACAUCCCCGCCGUGCUCUUCCUGGCCUGCUCGGACACUCGAGCCAAUGAGAUUGCUGUCUUCCUCGUCUGCACGCUCAUCCUCUUGAUCCCCUUUCUGCUGAUCCUGCUCUCCUACGGAUUCAUUAUCGCGGCCGUCCUCAGAAUCCGCUCGGCCGCGGGCAGGAGCAAGGCCUUCUCCACCUGCGCUGGGCACCUGUUGGUCUCGCUUCCUCACUAUGGCUGUGCAGUCUUCAUCUACAUUCGCCCCGAGUCCUGCUACGCCCCCGACCAGGACAAAAUUGUGUCCUUAAUCUACACCAAUGUCACCCCCAUGCUCUAUCCUAUGAUCUACAGUCUCAGGAACAAGGAAGUCAAGGGUGCCCUUGGGAGACUUCUGCACAGUCACAGUCCAUGAAGCAGCAGCCCCAUGCGAGUUGAAGGGGAAGGCAGAGCCCUCUGAGAACGGCCUGGCUCCCUUUUUCCAGAACCCAGCUGUCUCCCGAUGCACCUGGCGGCCCCACCCCUCCCUUUGAGGGCUUCUCCGUGGUUCUGAGUGCACCUGGGACUCACUGCCCCCUUUGCUGUGGCCAGACAGACGGAAGGGAUGCGAAGGUUUGCUGAGACGCAGCAAGUCUGGGGUGGACAGUUCCAUCCAGCACCCACAGCAAUGGCAGAGACGUGGACACUGACAGGCAGAAGGGCCUCAGAUGGCCCAAAUGAAACAUUAAGCCAGCUGCUUCUGUGACCAAACAACCAGCAGGGCUAGAAACACAAGGAGUUCCCAGAUCCAAACUAGGGAAGGCUUGGAUGGAAAGGCAGAGCCAGCCUGGAAACAGAAUCCCUGCGCCACCAGAAAACGACAUCAUGAUCGCUUGAGACACGAGAGUGUGAUCCGAGGCAGCAGCUCCAAGGGCGUGUCAGGCUCGGCCCCACUUCUGCUCCCAGUGCAGCUGACCCCUCCUCAUCCUACCAAUGUCGGUGAAAGGGCCACUUGUUCCCAGAAGCCCCAUGGGUGGUCUGUCUCCCCGGCUGAGCUGGAGACUCCUCGAAGGGGAGAACCAGUUUCGAGGUCUCUGCCACCCCAGCCCCUGGCACAUAAUAGAUGCGCCAUAAGCGGUAACGGAACUGAACGGUGAGCCCCCCAAGUUUUGGCACAGGAAUGGCUUCAGAUCCCAGUUGCUAUUGAAACAGAAACUUUUCAUAUCCUGCCGGGCUGAGGCCUCUGUGACUCGGGGACAAAGGUCAGGUGUAAUGAUCUCAAGAAUGUGUUUGCUGGCCCCACUCUCACUCCACAGGCUGGCCAAGUGGUUGGAUCUCUGAGUUUCCCUCGACCAUAACACUUAGCAGGGAAGACACACUUCUUUGUUUCUUUUAGAGACAGGAUCUCACUCUGUAGCCCAGGCUGCGGGGCAGUGAUGUGA